AUGUCCUCCAAGGACUCUUUCCCCGUUCCCGAUGGCGGCGAGAAGGGUGUCAGCCAGGUCGCCGGCGUCGCGGGCGCCGACACUGCCCCUAUCGGCCCCGGCGAAGAUAUUCACAACUCGUACGCCGAGGAGAGCUGGGCCACCCGCAAUGGUCUCAACCUCGAGUCGUUCAAGUGCAAGCACUAUGGCCACGGCCUGGUCGAGCUCGAUCGCUCCAUGAAGAGCCGCCAUCUUCACAUGAUUGCCAUCGGUGGCUCCAUCGGUGCUGGCUUCUUCGUCGGUUCCGGAGGUGCCCUCUACAAGGGCGGACCCGGUUCUGUUCUUAUUACCUUCAUGAUCGUCGGUGUCAUGAUGUUCAACACGGUCUUCGCCCUCGGUGAAAUGGCCGUCAUGUAUCCUGUCUCUGGUGGCUUCUACACGUAUUCGACCCGCUUCAUCGACCCCUCGUGGGGUUUCGCCAUGGGCUGGAACUAUGUCUUCCAAUGGGCCAUUGUCCUGCCUCUCGAGCUCGUCGUCUGCGGUAUCACCAUUGGUUACUGGAACACCGACAUCAGCCUGGCUGUGUGGGUCACCAUUUUCCUCGUCGCCAUCAUCUUGAUCAACAUCUUCGGUGUCCUUGGGUACGCCGAAGAAGAAUUCUUUGCCUCCAUGUUCAAGCUGUGCGCCAUUAUCAUCUUCAUGAUCGUGGCCCUGGUCCUGGUUCUCGGCGGAGGUCCCUCGGAUGGUCGCUACAACGAGUACUGGGGUGCUCGCUACUGGUACGACCCUGGCGCGUUCAAGAACGGCUUCAAGGGUUUCUGCUCCGUCUUCGUCACGGCUGCCUUCUCCUUCUCCGGCACUGAGCUGGUCGGUCUGGCUGCUGCUGAGUCGCGCAACCCCGUCAAGUCUCUUCCUGGUGCCAUCAAGCAGGUCUUCUGGCGUAUCACCCUCUUCUACAUCGUCGGCCUCUUCAUGGUUGGUCUCCUCGUCAGCUCGACCGAUCAAUCCCUUCUCUCGGAGGCCGCUUAUUCGGAUGCCAAGGCCUCGCCUUUCGUCCUCGUCGGUAAAUACGCCGGUCUCAACGGUUUCGACCACUUCAUGAACGUGACCAUCCUGGUCUCCGUCCUAUCCCUGGGUGUCUCAAGUGUGUACGGUGGCUCGCGUACUCUCACUGCUCUCGCUCAGCAGGGCUACGCUCCCAAGAUCUUCACUUACAUUGACAAGUCGGGUCGCCCUCUGUACUCUGUCAUCAUCAUCUCCGCAUGCGGAGCGCUCGCCUACAUUAACUUGACCGCUAGCGGUAUCACCGUUUUCAACUGGCUGCUCGCCCUUUCGGGUCUUGCCGCGCUCUUCACCUGGGGCUCCAUUUGCCUUGCCCACAUCCGCUUCCGCAAGGCUUGGGCUUACCACGGACACACUGUCGACGAGAUUCCGUUCCACGCUGUCGGCGGCGUGUACGGCUCCUGGCUUGGUCUCUCUCUCAACAUCAUCGUGUUGAUUGCUCAGACCUACACUGCCAUCGUCGCUGCCCCUGGCGAGCCUGGCUUCGGUACCGCCGAAUCCUUCUUCCAGUCAUAUCUUGCCGUCCCCGUCGUCAUCGUCUUCUGGAUCAUCGGUUUCGCCUGGAAGCGCACUGGCUGGCUCCGCACCCACCAGAUGGAUGUCGACACGGGUCGCCGCGAUCUCGACUGGGAUGCCAUGAACGCCUACCGCGCCAAGGUCGCCUCGUGGCCCGCAUGGCGCCGCAUCUUGCACAAGGUCUGGUAA